AUGGGUCGCAAAGCAGUUGAAAUGGGACGAUAUGGAGCAAGAGAAUUAAUGAGAAAUAAAAAACUACAAAAGAAAGCUGUAAAUUACGGAAUUAAUAAACUAACUCCUCUAAUCCAAGAUUCUGUUGGAACAGCAAUGGACCACCUGUCAACCAAAGUAAGACCCAAAAAGAAAUAUAAAACUGAUAGAAAGGAUUUAGAUGGGCGAGGUAUUUAUCCAAUGACUGGUGUAAAAAAAGCGCCAGAUAUAGCAAUGAAAACAACACAAGAACUAAUUCCAUCUUUGAAACCAGUUUACGAUAGAUAUAAAUCUGGGGAUAUUAUGAAGUCCGCUUUUGGAUCCGAACAUGGAAUUACAUCUAGUAAGUUUUUGAGACGGCCAACAGCAGCGGAAGAGCAAGCAAAAGGAAUAAUACGCAAAGGUAGUAAUCCUGAACUAUUCUUUGCGUUUAACAAAGAUGGAAAACACUUUAGGCAAUAUAGGUCAACAUUUUUCAAUAAAAAACCAGAAGCUUUAACAGAUAUGAAUAACAUUAUUUCAUCUAAUCCAGAUACAUGGCCAGAUAUCAUAACAAACAAAUACGGAAUUAACAUUGAUGAACACUUCUGGGAAAUAAUCCAUUACUAA